AUGCCACCACCGAGUAAUCCCUCCCGGAUAUUUUCUUUCUUCGGACUUGGCACCGGGGUGGCUGCUGAUGGAAAUGAACCUGCGCAGAUGAGGAUUCACAGGUCCCUUAGGCUUCGGACUUUUUAUGUGGAUUUGGAUGAGAACCUGGGUACCCUGGAAUCAACUCGUGCAGUUUAUGAGAGAGUACUAGAUCUAAAAAUUGCCACACCGCAAAUUAUAAUAAACUAUGCAAUGCUUUUGGAAGGAACUGCAUCAAGUUCUUCCCGUCCUGCUCUUGAAUUGCUGCAAGUAUCUCCAUCAAGGGCUGCUUCUUUACCUGCCAAUUCAUCAAUCGAGCCACCUUCACCCUCUGAUAGAUCUAACAAGGUUUGUGGACUGUGCAUUCUACCUGGAAAGUUAUGGCAUAUGUACAUAACCAGUUAA